GCCAAAGAAUCAAGUUUUAUAGAUAUACCUUUACUUAAAUGCAAUCUUUAUAGAUUGUCUUUAGUUUUUCUAAACAAUAGGGAUGACAACUAUUUUUUGUUUGUUUGCGCGUGAGUUAGAUUUUUUAAGAAUAUUAAAUACGUUGGUCUCGGCUGCAUUUGCAGUCGUUAAUACCCUCCAAUCCGCAUUGGGCAGCGUGGAGGGUCAUGGCCCAUCCUCCUUAACCAUCCAUAGGUACUACAGAAAUUCUAAUCCAUCCACUGUUAGAAUUACAGUAAGAAGAGCAAUCGCCCGAACUGGCCAAGAUUCAAGCUUUAAAAUCUCCGAUGAUGUGUGUCCGUGUCUACGUGAGGGUGGCACGUGGGUAGCGGCGGGCACUGGUCAGUCUUCGCCCCGCGUCCGGCCCGUCGACGCCAUGCCAGUCUAGCUCGCGAACACCAUGACGGACGACAUACCAGAGAGUGGGGCUGUGUUCACAUUCGGCAAGUCCCACUUCGCCGACAACGAGCCGAGCCACUUCUUCAUCAAAAACGAUCCCAUCGUCGCGAUCUCUUGCGGCGACGAACACAGCGCUGUCAUAUGCCAAAAUGGUCGGGUAUUCGUAUUCGGCGGCAACACGUGGGGUCAGCUGGGCCUCGGCCACAAGGACGAGGUGACUCGGCCCAGCUGCGUCAAGUGGUUGAAACCGCAUAGGGUUAUGUUCGUAGCGUGCGGACGCGCGCACACUGUGUUCGUCACUGACACUAACGCGAUCUACACUGUGGGGUGUAACGACGAGGGUCAGCUGGGUUCUGGUGACAUGGAGCACCACACGGUGCCGCAGUGCGUGGAGCUGCCGGACUCGCCCGCCAUCAGGCAGGUGUCCGCAGGCAGCAACCACACCGCCAUACUCACGGACGACGGUCGCGUGUUCGUGUGCGGCUCCAACACAGAGGGUCAACUGGGCCUCGGAGAAGACACCCGCUCUAGCGUUAGCUUCGCCGAAUUAAAAUUUAUGGAAAAGAUCGCAUUCAUCGAGUGCGGCUACUACCACACAGUCUUCAUUACCAGUGAUGGUGCUGUUUUCGUCACCGGUGACAAUGAAAAUUCAAAACUUGGCAUCACAGAUUCUGCCUCUAAUAUAUACGUACCUGAAGUCCUACGAACAGAAGUACCAAUCAAGAGUGCCUGCUGUGGUGCUUCACACACAUUUCUAUUGUCUAUGGACGAAAGCAAAAUAUUGGCUUUUGGCUCUAAUGAAAAAGGUCAACUAGGACUGCCCAAGGAGGUGGAUCAUGUCACGGUACCCACUGAGAUUGAUAUGGAGAAGCUUUUCGAUGGAUAUCAACUGAAGUUAGUGGCUUGUGGAGCUAUGCACACCGCGUUUGUAACAGACAACGGCCUACUUUACACCUGCGGGGAAGCGCGCCACGAUAAACUUUGUUUGGACGACAACGACAGCCCCGACGACCAAAAUGAGGCUCCUGCCAAUCAAUACUCGCCGAAGCGGGUCACUGCUAUGAAUGGAUUCAUCGUAGACAAUGUAGCAUGCGGUGGUUGCCACACUUUAUUAUCGGCCACUAAAGGAUCCAACGUGGACUUCACUAACAACGAUUUUAGUAUAAUAAGCGAAGACACGAGACUUCCCGUGAUGACAGAACUUCCGCCUCUAAAAGUACCCGCGACGAGUAAACACGAAGAGUCGUACAAGCCUGAAGACGUCACGAAUUCUAAUGUCGAUGAGCACGUAAAUGAAGACACUCUCAAUGGGAACGCACACGAAGAGACUGGGUCGAUAGAUUCACUCGAGGCGAACGUCAGCGGCUCGCACAUAGUAAAUAUAAAUGACCUUGAAAACGUGAGCACGCAUGGCAUCCCAGACCUACAUACAGAUAUAUUCGACACAGCUACAAUAAAAACUAUUAUGAACGAUACAGUCAACAAUAUAAGCACCGCAAUGGACACAACGGAAGAAAAAAUUCAAAACGCAGUUGAAAAUGUAAAAGAAAAUGUUAAGGAACAAAUUGAAGUCGUAGAAGAUUUUAUAAAGAAAAGUACAAAAUUAGACCCUAUUGCACACCACGGUGAAAAUGCAGCUCUAGGAGUGCCCAAGACUGCAGAAGUUGCAAAUUCACCUCCACCUAAAAGUCCUUUAAUUCAUGAUCUACUACACGUACCCGAUAUAACACAAAUGAGUCCAGUUAUGAGUAAAAAUAGUGAUGACGGUCAAAAGAGCGAAGCUGGCCAGUCAGAAAAUGAAACUAUACCUUGUGGUUCAGAUAAAUCCAGUCCGCAAGCGGGUAAAACGAAAACUCAAGCUGUUCUACCUAUUGUACGAAGUGAAGACGCUAUGGACGGCCACGAUGUUACUGAGAAUAAUGAAGAAAAUGAUGUGGUUGUAAACAAAACACCGCAUAAAGGAAGAUUUUCCAAAUUAUUCCAAUCUAUAAAGGACAAAGAAAAUUCCUGCAUGGGUAAAGGCAAAGUGAUAGAAGAAAAUGUAACAGAAAAUAUACAUAAAGGCAUUGACGGAGCGGAAGACACGGUAAAUAAAAUUGAAGAAACUAUUGAAACAGAAAUAACAAAUCAAACCAACUCACGGACCUGCACGAUAUUAUAAGAUAAUUUGAUCGACUCCAUCUAUGUUUAGUUUGUUAAAUAAAAUUUAUAUUAUUGAUAGUC